CAACCAGCUGUACACAGUCCCCGCCUACUUCGGGAUUAUAGUAUUUUUAAAGACGAAUUGGGUUUAGUGGCAACUGUCUGCACUGGAAUAGACUGUGGUGUCUGCGGCUGGGUCAUAUUACGGUAGUGUUGCCUUGCAGGUAAAGUGAACAUCUCCGCAUUUGCUGCACAAUGGCUGGAAUUGAGGAACGCACCUUCAUUGCCAUCAAGCCCGACGGCGUGCAGCGAGGACUUAUUGGAGAGAUCAUCAAGCGUUUUGAGCAGAAAGGUUUCAAACUCGUCGGAAUGAAAUUCCUCCUUGCAUCUGAAGAACUAUUGAAGGAGCACUACAUUGACCUGAAGGACCGACCGUUCUAUCCUGGCCUGGUCAGAUACAUGAAUUCUGGUCCUGUUGUUGCCAUGGUGUGGGAGGGCCUUAAUGUUGUGAAGACUGGCAGAGUUAUGCUGGGUGAAACAAACCCUGCAGACUCCAAACCUGGCACCAUACGUGGUGACUUUUGCAUCCAAGUUAGCAGGAACAUCAUUCAUGGGAGUGAUUCUGUUGAAAGUGCGAACACGGAGAUCAACCUGUGGUUCAGUCCUGAGGAGCUUGUGUCAUAUCAGCAGUGUGCAGAAAGUUGGAUCUAUGGGUAACGGCUUCAUCCACGUUGUUUAAUCCUUCCUUUCCAGUCACCGUUGAUCCCUCUGUGGAAUGUAGACGUCAGAGAUGUGGACUCACCAAUUGACUUCAAGUCACAAAUUUGGGACUUGAGUCACAAAUUAGAUGAUGCCAGACUUUACUUCAAAAAAAAAAAGAAAACUGGAAACUUGGCUUGGAGCUUUGUGACUCCAGACUUGACUUUAACUUGGAGCUCAAUUACAGGAGUUAAAAUGCUUCCCUCUCGUUACUCUGUUGAGUUGUUUUUACCUGUCUCUCCUCUGUCACGAUCGCUGCUGCUAAAACAGGAUGAUCUGUUGAAGCAUGCAGGGCGAUGCUAGUGAUGUCACCGUUCUUAAAGUUUGUUGUGUAUUUUAUUGCUUGCUUUGUUUUAUGUUUAUUUAUUAUAUGGAUGGUAAGGUAAGAAACUAGCUAAUAAACCGAGCUAAACGGGGGCAGUAUUGACUGUAUUGUAUAGAUAAGGAAACUCAAUUCAAAAUUUAGGUCUUUUUUUGUUUGUGCUUAUUUUAACUGUUUGUGGGCUUUUUAGUAGGCUGAAUAUUAAUUUCUUUGAGGGAAUCUCCAACAGACUAAUUUUUCCUUGGUGCACCUGGAAAAAAUGUAUAUAUUGCAGCAAAGUUGAUUUGUGAUUAAUUAGCUAUAAAUUAUGAACACUGCCAGCAUUGCUUCCUUAACUGGUCCUAGAUCUGGCAAGAUCAGCACCAUAACCAUAAAGACAGUAGGGCAGUCAAAAAACAUGUGCACUGUACAUGACUUAGUGGAGUGAAAAUGUCAUGGGGAGGCCUGCAGACCACACACUGUAUUUUUGGACUUGUACAUGAAACCUGUUCAAACCUGUUAGAAAAAACUAUUCCAUCAACAACAUGUAUGUGUGACAGAGAUGGUAUGCAGUCAUUCUGUUAAACAAGUGGCCCUCGAAGCGUUGCUGUGGACACUUGCUAUAUUUGCUAUGAUGUAACACACAAUUGAAGUUUGAUUUGUUCACACUAGGAAUAUUUAUUUCUCUCACAUGGUCAGUUAAACAGUUCUUUUAAUGAAUAUAUUGCAAACACAAUGUAGAUUUGAAAAUGUCCAUUGCGUUACAGUUGGUGAAAUUACCACUGAGAUGAAGACUUCACCUGACCUUACUGUUCUGACUUCAGACUUUACUUGACAUGUAAUUGUUACGCAGUACUCAUCUCCAGACUCUGAGCUUGGUACUCGCAAAGUGUGAUUUGGUACCGUGUCAUGUUGAAUUUUUAUUUUCAGUUUUGUGAAUAC